AUGGCUGAACGCAUCACCGAGUCCAAGGCAUCGACCCCUCUCGGAGUCGCUGUUUUUGCCAUAGUUCUCUCCGCCAUAUUUGUUGCGCUGCGGGUUUAUACUAGGAUCUACGCCAAGACAUCGUUUUGGUUGGACGAUUAUUUUACUAUUGUUUCUUUCUUUGUGCUACUUGGAGCAGUCGUAGGAGUAGGAAUAAUGACAGAGUUCGGUUUGGGAAAACACAUUGAAACCGUCGCCGAUGAUGAUGUUCUAUUAUUCAAACGAGCUCGUUUCGUCACUACGGUUCUCUACACCAUUGGCCUCCUCACUAUCAAGAUGACCUUCUUACUCCAGUACCUAAGGAUGUUGGGAGAUGAGUGGCGUGCUUACCGCAAGUUUUUAGCGAGUGCCCUUCUCAUAGGCCUCUGGGCCAUGUCCGAGGUCUGGGUGAAUGUAUUCAUCUGCAUUCCAGUAGAAGGCAUCUGGAACUCCAGUAUUUCAUCGUCAUGCAUCCCCAACGGACCGUACCAAUAUGUUUAUAUUUCCCUGGAUGUCAUCAGUGCCAUCGCCGUCUUCCUCUUCCCGAUCAUGUUCCUGCGUCACAUGAUAAUUGGAUGGCCAGAAGCAGUUGCUCUGGCAGCUGUAUUUACCCUUGGUAUAUUUGUUGUGGUUCUUCAAUUUGUCCGGCUGCAAUACGUCAAUCUUGGCAGGGAUUUCACCUGGACUUUCGCAGAGCGGGCCUCGCUCAUGGUAUCCGAGAUGGCAAUCGCACUCUUGUGCACUUGCGUGCCCCUUCUUCACCCGCUGGCCUACCGCCUCUUCCCGCGGUGGUUCUGCACCUUCGGCUAUGAAAAUGGCGACCGAAACAACAAGUCACCCCGGCGCGGAGAUAUGGAGAAAAGUCAUGACAACAGCCAUCAUAAGCACCACGACAACAUUACCUUGGGGACAAAAGGUUGGAGCAGCAGCGGCUUUGGCUGCGGUUUCCUUCGCGAUGCGGGAUCGCAACAAAAGAACCAAAACCACACGCCACACGAGGCGCUCGACGACGGCCGCCCGUCCCUUCGCCGCGACGACAGCGGCGACAUGUCGGACGACAUUAUGGGUCUGCAGUCGGCGCUCAGAGGUCUGAAGCGCAUCAGCUUCAACCGCAGCCAGAGCGAUGACGACGCCGGGAGGUCGCCUCAGCCGCAAAAUAGCAGGGAGCAGGCGACACAGUCCUCACGACCGGGCAUGGGCCGGACACACUGCUCGCCUUAUAUGCAAUCGCCAACCCUGGGGUGGGAACGGUCUGGUUCUUCUAUGGACGUGCCGCAGAAAAACCCUACUGCUGCAGCGAGGCCGCCGCCAUCGUCGAUGCCGACCAACAAGGGGAGGCAGACGACGGUGGCGUCUUCAAGGAGGCAAUCUUUGAGGGAUGAAAACGAGGCAAGACCGGUGCCACAUUAUGCCUCGGAGCAGCAGCAGCAGCAGCAGAACCACUCACAACGUCAGCAACAUCUUGGGGACCUUCAUCAUGGCACAUUUUAUAAUUCCCUGUCAGAUUCGCAAUCACCCUAUUACAACAAAAAGCUCCCAGUACCACCGAGACGUAUAACAGGAGGUAUGAACUUGUACGAGGAACAUCGAGUCAUAGCAAGGUUCGGAUAG